ACGGCGACGUCUUCAUGAAAGGCCGGGCGGCGCGCUCGUCCUUCUGGAAACGGCUGGCGGCCGCGGUCGCGGUGGCCGCGCUGUUGACGACGUGCGCGUUCAACUUCGCGACGGCGCCGCUCGUCCUGUGCCUGAUGGACGGCGGGUGCGAAGACGUGUCGGUCACCUCUCUGCGGGGCAUGUACGCCAGGACGAUAGCCGGCGCGUGUUUCGCGUCCGCGGCCGCGUUGCUGUGCAAGUGCGGCGCCACGGUGCCCGUCUACGUGCAGACGGUGGACGCGCACGACGUGUACGCGCCGACCACGGUGGCCGAGCGCCGGCACCGGGCGCUGUUCUGCGGCCUGUACGUCGGGCUGUGCAUGUCCGUCACGCUGCCCGUGAACGCGCUCAGGCUGUCGCUGCUGGUCGCCAACCGGUCCGAACCCAUCGUGCUGGUGUUCUUCGUGUUCAUGUACCUGGAGAACGUGGCCAUGUGCCUGGGCGAGACGUGUUUCGUGACCCUGUGCCGGACGCUGGGCGACAAGUUUCUGGAGAUCAACCGCGACCUGCAGCGGCUCGGCGAGGAGAUGGUCGGCGGCACCCGCGACGACGCGGCCGAAAGGUCGACGACGGCCGCGCUGCUGGCGACCACCGUCCGCACCACGGCCGCCGCCGGUGGUCGAGGGGUCACGUACGGCGGCGAUUUUUACGGAGGCCCGGGCAGACAGUCCAUGGUGGCCAACGCCGUGGAGGUGAUGCGGAUCCGGCACCAGCUGAUCCGCGACGCCACGGCCGUGCUGGUCGACCUGUACGGGCUCCCGGUGGGCCUGUCGCUGUUCACGUUGGGCGUGAUGACGCUGUUCGACAUCUAUUACCAGGUGUCCAACGUCAUGGGAGCCGACUCGAGGAUGAUGAUAUUCAUCUACAUGUGGCUGCUGCAGUACACCAUCAGGUUUUCCGCCAUCGUAGUGACGGCGCACAACACGGUCAAACAGGCACUCGAAUCAAAAAUAUUUAUAACGGAUCUAAACAAUCGUUAUUUAGAUAAUAAUACUAAAGAAGAGUUACAAAUAUUCUUUAAUCAAGUUGCCAAUUGUUCGAUUGAAAUUACUGCUUACGAUUUCAUUACUUUAAAUAAUCAUCUAAUAACUUCUGCGAUUAUAGCUGGAACAACAUACCUCGUAAUAUUAUUACAAUAUGAUUCACAAAUUGUAUUAAACGCAUUCACUACGACUACGACUACGACUACGACUACGACUACGACUACAUUUACAACUACAAUGUAAAGAUGUUCUAAACAGCAUUUAAUUAAUACUCGUAUAGUUUGUUUUAGUACAU